AUGUCAAAGAUAGUUCAUAUUAUAGACGUAGAGAGUGGGAACCUACAAUCCCUCUCUAACGCCAUCAAACGUAUCGAUCCCAACUACAUCAUCAAGUUUAUCCACAAUGAAUCCGAUUUUAAAGCCUUGGAUCAUGAAAUCACCAAAUUGAUAUUCCCUGGAGUUGGUAAUUAUGGUCAUUUUGUUCGUCAAAUAUACGAGAGGAACCUUGAUAAACUUAUAGAGAAAUACAUCAAGGAUGAUAGAGCACUAAUGGGUAUCUGUGUUGGAUUACAAGCAUUUGCCAAGGGUUCAGAAGAGAGUCCUCAUGAGCAAGGAUUGGGAAUUUUAAAUCUUGAAUUGAAAAAGUUUAAUGUCAAUGAUCCAGCUUAUGCUAAACGUGGAGUCAAGAAAGCUGUUCCUCACAUUGGAUGGAAUGGUCUUGUAGAUGUUCCGACCGCUGAUGCUGACAUUCAUUCCGACAAGUCAUUGUUUAAUUUGAAUGUGGCCAACAAAUACUAUUUUGUCCACUCGUAUGCUGCCAUUAUCGAUCAAGAACCAAAUGAGAAGUUGGACAAGUUGCGACAAGAAGGUUGGAAUUUUGCCAUUGCAAGGUAUGGAUCCGAGAGAUUUUUGGCUGCUAUUAAUAAGGGAAAUUUAUUUGCCACUCAAUUCCACCCUGAAAAAUCAGGAAUUGCUGGGCUAAAAAUCAUAAAGGCAUUUCUUGAUGGUGAAAAAUACCCAAUGGUUAACAAAUCCGAUGUCCAUCAACAACCAGAUGAUGUUGAAAAGACAGUUAGUGGACUCACUAGAAGAAUCAUUGCUUGCUUGGAUGUUAGAACCAAUGACGAUGGAGAUUUGGUGGUGACCAAAGGUGAUCAGUACAAUGUGCGUGAAACGAAAAAUGGUGAUUCGGAGUCAGCCGGUGCUCCUGCUGUUAGAAACUUGGGUAAACCAGUUGAAUUAGCUACUAGGUACUAUAACCAAGGAGCUGAUGAAGUAACCUUUUUGAAUAUUACCUCAUUCAGAAACUCCCCUUUAAAAGAUUUACCAAUGUUGGAAGUUUUGAAACGCGCGGCUGAAACUAUUUUCGUUCCAUUGACUGUUGGUGGUGGUAUCAAAGAUAUGCAAGAUCCUGAAACCGGCGAAAUAAUCCCAGCUGUUCAAGUUGCUGAUUUGUAUUUCCGUUCUGGUGCUGAUAAAGUUAGCAUUGGGUCAGAUGCGGUGGCUAUUGCUGAACAAUACUAUGCCAAUAACAAACAAAAAAGUGGCAAAACCUCAAUAGAAACUAUAUCAAAGACGUUUGGAAAUCAAGCAGUGGUUAUAUCAGUUGAUCCAAAGAGACGUUACGUUGCUUCACCAAAAGAUACUACAAUGCAAACCAUUCACAUCACUGAUCCAGCACGGUACGGGCCAAAUGGUGAGCAAUACUGUUAUUAUCAGGUCACUUCACAAGGUGGAAGAAAAACCCACGAAUUGGGUGCAUUGGAAUUAUGUCUUGCAUGCGAGGACUUGGGCGCAGGUGAAAUCUUGUUAAACUCCAUUGACCAUGAUGGUUCAAACAAGGGGUUCAAUUUGGAGUUGUUGAAUCAAAUAAAGUCACAAGUUUCGAUACCUGUUAUUGCUAGUUCAGGUGCUGGGAACCCACAACAUUUCAAGGAAGUCUUUGAAAUGGAAUGUGGUAUCGAUGCUGCUUUAGGUGCAGGAUUAUUUCAUCGUGGAGAGUACACUGUUAAUGAAGUGAAACAUUACCUUCAAGACCAAGGUAAGAUGGAUGUGAGGUUGGAAGAUGAUGUAAAGUUGUGA